UUGUUAUAAAACCCCAAAUGCAUUCAAGAAGCUAUCGCAGUUGGUAUUGUUAAAAUGCAUCUGACAGUUGUGCUGCUUUGCUUCGCUCUUUCACUGACCGCACUCAAUGCCUUGCCCUGGAGUCCCAGUGAUCCAAUGCAACCAGGACUAUUUCAGCACUACAAGAACCAGAAGCAACGCAAUUUGGCCAAAAUACAACUGCUGCCACGGAAUGCCAUCAGUUUUGUGGGUCCCAGACAGGCAACAUCCGUAGAAGAAGAUGAAGAUGAUGGGUAUUAUGAUGACGACUAUGCCACUGGCAAUGUGCCUGAAGACUAUGCGGAUUCUGAGGAAGAUGACUACCCUUGGCGUCGAUAGAUACAAUAUACAAACAUAUGUGUUUAUAUAACUACAUACUUGGAUAUGUACAUACAAAUGUAGCGUUUAUUUAACUGCAACAUGGUUGGUAAUUAAAUUUAUUUGAAAUUCAA